GUGUAUCGUGUUUCCCAUCUAGCCAACCUUCAUAACUCAGUUCUAAACUUCAAAGACGGAUAUAACACUUUAGUCGGAGAGCGUGGGUUAAAGUUAAGCGGGGGUGAGAAACAACGUGUCGCUAUUGCCCGAGCCAUGUUGAAAGAUGCACCAAUAAUAAUUUACGAUGAAGCGACUUCUUCGUUAGAUGCAUUAACCGAGGAAAGUAUUAUGCAUUUUAUGCGUAGUGCCGUACAUCGCAAGACUUCUCUUUUCAUUGCCCACCGACUAGCAACCAUCGUUGAUGCAGACAUUAUUUAUGUCCUUGAAAACGGAAAAGUCAUUGAAAACGGGAAUCACUUUGAGCUUCUUAAACGGAAUGGACGCUAUGCCGAUCUUUGGCAUUCUCAACAUAAAUAUGCAGAUGGCGUGCCACCAAAGGUACGUAAAGAAGAAUAUAAGCAUAAGCAUGAAGAACUGAUUUUUGAUGUUGGCAGCGGAGGUUGCUGUGGAUCAGAUGCAUGCCAUUAG